AUGGCGUCCGCGGGGUCGAACACCAUUAAGGUGGUGGCCAGAUUCCGACCUCAGAACAAGGUGGAGUUGAGCUCGGGUGGAACCCCAAUUGUCGAGUUCGAAAGCGAGGAGUCAUGUCGUAUCAAUUCCAAAGAAGGAACUGGUACCUUCACCUUUGACCGCGUGUUUCCGAUGGACUCUCUCCAAGCCGACAUCUUCGAUUUCUCAAUCAGGCCUACUGUCGACGAUAUUCUCCAAGGAUACAACGGAACGGUGUUUGCGUACGGUCAAACGGGUGCCGGAAAGUCGUACACAAUGAUGGGUUCUGAUAUCGACGACGAGGCCGGAAAGGGUGUGAUUCCUCGUAUUGUGGAGCAGAUUUUCGCGAAUAUCCUGACGAGCCCAAGCAGUAUGGAAUAUACGGUGCGGGUCAGUUACAUGGAAAUCUAUAUGGAGCGCAUUCGGGAUCUUUUGGUGCCGCAAAACGACAACCUACCCGUCCACGAGGAAAAGGCCCGCGGCGUCUAUGUCAAGGGUCUAUUGGAGGUCUACGUGUCUAGCGUCCAGGAGGUCUAUGAGGUGAUGCGGCGCGGUGGAAACGCACGAGCCGUGGCGGCUACCAACAUGAACCAGGAGUCGUCCCGUUCGCACUCAAUAUUCGUCAUUACGGUUGCUCAAAAGAACCUCGAGACGGGUUCUUCCAAGAGCGGUCAACUGUUCUUGGUCGAUUUGGCAGGUAGUGAGAAAGUCGGCAAGACCGGAGCCAGUGGACAGACCCUCGAAGAAGCCAAAAAGAUCAACAAGAGUUUGAGUGCGCUUGGAAUGGUCAUCAAUGCACUGACGGACGGAAAAUCAAGCCAUAUCCCAUACCGUGACUCGAAGCUGACGCGGAUUCUGCAAGAAUCGCUCGGUGGUAACUCUCGCACGACGUUGAUUAUCAACGCCUCCCCCAGUAGUUACAACGACGCAGAGACCAUCUCAACUUUGCGCUUCGGUGUACGAGCGAAGGCGAUUAAGAACAAGGCAAAGGUCAACGCGGAGUUGAGCCCGGCCGAGCUGAAGAUACUGCUUCGCAAAGCGCAGACCCAGGUCACCAACUUCGAGACAUACAUAUCCGCCCUCGAAUCCGAGGUCAACACUUGGCGCGGUGGUGAAAGUGUCCCUAAAGAACAAUGGACUCCUGCCAGGAGCAGUGAGCUUCGACGCCGUCCCGGCUGCAGGAGACCGCUCGAGCCGAAACCCCUCGGCCUGACUCCCGAUUUGGAGAACGGUCCAGCACCCCCCAGCCUGGUGCUGGAAAAGGAUGAGCGGGAAGAGUUUCUGCGCCGUGAGAAUGAGCUCCAAGAUCAGCUCGCCGAGAAGGAGACUCACAUCGCGAAUGUCGAGCGUAGCCUCCGUGAAGCUCGUGAAGAGCUCAAGUCAAUCAAAGGAGACGCUGGACGAUCAGGCAAGGACAACGAACGCCUGAACACCGAAGUCAAUGAACUCCGCAUGCAGCUCGAGAAGGUGUCGUAUGAAGGCAAAGAGGCCGCGAUCACUAUGGACGGUCUGCGCGAGGCCAAUGCUGAGUUGACCAGCGAACUCGAUGAGGUGAAACAACAGCUGCUGGACGUUCGCAUGCGAGCCAAGGAGACUACGGCCGCGCUCGACGAAAAAGAGAAAAAGAAGGCCGAAAAGAUGGCCAAGAUGAUGGCCGGGUUUGACCUAGGCGGUGAUGUGUUCUCGGAUAACGAGCGCAAGUUGCAAGACCUGAUUCAGCGGGUUGAUGCUUUGCAUGAAAUCAGCUCUGCCGGAGAGCCCAUUGCCCCUGAUGAUUUGACGAUGAACGACCGCGGAGACUUCAGCGAGCUGCAGGACAGCCGCCGGGCUGAGCUGGAGAAGAGGCUCGACGAGGUCCAGCGUGAAUACGAGGGCCUUCUGAGUCGCAACCUGGGCGAGGCUGACGUGGAGGAGAUCCGGGAGCGACUGGAAAAGUCCUUCAUCAGCCGUAAGGAUGCAGAGACUGCGGCUGUCGAGGAACUGCGCACCCAGAUUGCCCGAAAGGACGAGGAGUUGACUAAAUUACGCCAGUCUCUUGUUGAUACCGAAUCCCGGACGUCAACAAACGGCGCUGCAAGCAAGACAUUGCACCAGCAGAUCGCCGAGUUUGAUGCCAUGAAGAAAUCUCUGAUGCGGGAUCUGCAGAACCGUUGCGAGCGAGUGGUCGAACUUGAGAUUUCUCUGGACGAUGCCCGAGAGCAGUACAACAAUGUCCUGCGAUCAUCCAAUAAUCGGGCCCAGCAGAAGAAAAUGGCGUUCUUGGAACGCAACCUUGAGCAGCUCACGCACGUCCAGCGCCAGCUUGUGGAACAGAACAGUAGCCUGAAGAAGGAGGUUGCCAUCGCCGAACGGAAGUUGAUCGCUCGAAAUGAGCGCAUUGCCAGCCUGGAGGGCCUGCUGCAGGAAAGCCAAGAAAAGCUGACCCAAGCCAAUCAUCGAUUUGAGGCACAGCUCACAGCCGUGAAAGAGCGAUUGGAGGCCGCGAAGCAAGGGUCCACCCGCGGGCUCCCAGCCAUGGAUGGCAAUGGGAGUUUCAGCUUUGGAGGGUCUCGCAUUGCGAAACCUUUACGUGGCGGGGGCGGCUCGGACGGACCAACGAAUGUCAACAUCGCCGGCGUACAAUCGCAGGAGACGGCCAGCAAACGUUCCAGCUGGUUCUCCAACCGCAAAUGA